UUUAGCUGCCGAGCUUCUAUUCUGUAAAUAAAUAAACAAACAAAAUGACAUUUCAUCAGUGUUGCAGAAGAUUCAGUCACGUGUUGAAGCAGAACUCAGUGAUCUGGUCACGUAGUAAUGUCAUCUGCUGUAAAUCAAAGAGUUCAGCUGCUGGAGAAAAACAGCAGGAGAGGCAGAGGGCUCACAUGGCACGUGGCCUUCCAAAGCAAAAGCCCAUAACCGGGGUUAAAGAGGUCAUCGUUGUUGCUUCAGGAAAAGGAGGCGUUGGAAAAUCUACCACAGCAGUAAACCUUGCUCUCGGACUCAUGGCUAACGAUCAGACUGCGACCGUGGGUCUUUUAGAUGCUGAUGUCUACGGCCCCUCAGUCCCAAAGCUGAUGAACCUCAGAGGAAACCCAGAAUUAACAGACAACAACUUAAUGAGACCCCUGAAGAACUUCGGGAUCCCUUGUAUGUCCAUGGGCUUUCUGGUUGAAGAUGCUGCACCUAUUGUGUGGAGGGGUCUGAUGGUCAUGUCAGCUAUUGAGAAGCUUCUGAGACAGGUAGACUGGGGCUCUUUGGAUUACUUAGUGAUUGACAUGCCACCUGGAACAGGGGAUGUACAACUUUCCAUCACACAGAACAUCCCGAUAGCAGGUGCUGUGAUCGUGUCCACUCCGCAGGACAUCGCGCUGAUAGAUGCACGCAGAGGUGCUGAGAUGUUCCGUAAGGUUAACGUGCCGGUCCUGGGUUUGGUUCAAAACAUGAGUGUUUUUCACUGUCCUAAGUGCAACCACCAGACACACAUCUUUGGCACAGAUGGAGUGACAGAACUGGCAUGCACUCUUGGAGUUGAAGUUCUUGGUGACAUUCCACUUCAUCUGAAUAUCAGAGAGACAUCAGACAAGGGUCAGCCCGUGGUUGUGUCCUCUCCUGACAGUCCUGAGGCUGAAGCAUACAGAAGAGUCGCAUCUGCAGUGGUGCGUCGCCUCGCCGAGGAGUCCAGCUGAACAACUUCAACACUGAAUUGCUAUUUAUUUAUUAGUCACUAGUAUUGAGAAAUUACAAUAAAUAUUUUACUCAUGA